AUGCAGGUGUACUGCUGGGGAGACAUCUCCAGCUCCGGCUCCAGCUCCAGCUCCGGUGGACAGUCUGGUCCAGCUCUCAGCCCGGUGUCCUGGACUGUCCGCGGGGAUUUAACGCACAUCUGUUGCGGAGAGACGCACACUUUAUUCCUCCACGCGGACGGAGCCGUGUUGUCAUGCGGACACAACGCCAAUAAGGGUCAACUCGGACGAAAGAAGAAUAAAAAUAAAAAACAAACGCCCGGCCGUGUGGAGGGGCUCGGUGAUGUGGUGGCCAUAUCUUGUGGUCAGGACCAUAGUCUGGCCUUGUCUGCCUCUGGACAUGUGUUCUCCUGGGGAAAGGGAGGGGAUGGACAGCUGGGGAUGCUUCUGGAGUCACAGAGCAGCAGCUUCAGGCCAAGCCGGGUGCCCCUACCAUUGUCCAUACGAAUAGUUCAGGUUGCUUGUGGAAACUCCCAUUCCUUGGCUCUGACUACAGGAGGAGAUGUGUUCUCAUGGGGUUCAAACAGUCACGGUCAGCUGGGCCUGGGGAAGGAGGUGCCAGUUCAGCACAAUCCUGCCCUGGUGUGCUCCCUCACUGGAGUACCAGUGACCCAGAUCUCGGCUGGCGGGACCCACACUCUGUUCCUCACACUCUCCAGCCUGGUGUACUGCUGUGGAGCCAAUAAGUGUGGCCAGCUGGGGCUCAACAGGGUGGAUGAAAAAGGCAGGUUCAACAUCUGUAUGGUACCUGCACUCAGACCUCUCGGAGUCUCCUUCAUAAGUUGUGGAGAGUCACACACGGCUGUGUUAACAGAGAGCGGGGGUGUUUACACUUUUGGAGAGGGAAGCCAUGGUCAACUCGGUCAUAACUCCUCCACUAACGAAGUGAGACCCAGACUGGUUGAUGGUCUGGGUGGACCUGUUUCCCAGAUUGCAUGUGGCAGGCAUCACACGUUGGUUCUGAGCUCCUCUGGCCGGGUGUGGGCUUUCGGCAACGGUGACAAGGGUCAGAUAGGGACUGGCCAGACAGGUGGAAGCCUGCGUCCCACUCCGGUUCAGCUCCCAUGGAUCUCUGACAGUACAACAGCUGUACCGAGCGACUUGAAAAUAUCAGCUGGGUGGAAUACAAACUUCAGCCACUCCUCACCUGCAAAGAACUCAGAUCACGGACAGAUAUGUGGACGACUCGAUAAGAACAAACUGCAAGAAUGGCUGACAAUGAGCCACAGCAAUGUGGAGGCAAGAAGAGAAAUAGAGUCCAUAUUUUUCACAAGUUCAAGUCUUGUUGCCAGUUUCACAAAAGCCAAUGAGGGUCCACUGGAAGCCGGUGCCUUAACGGUGGACCUUGAUGCCGCAGGACGAGCUUUUGAGCAGCUGCUGGCAGUCCCAUGGAUCACACAAUCAGUGAAUUUAGGACAUCUAAUCCAGUUGCUCGUUGCUUCAGCAAAAGCCUUAACCUCCCCAGAGAUCAUUCUGAUUUUACUGACAUGUCCUCUCCUGCAAGAGGACUCCAACGUCAUGAAUGGAGUCAUGUCUUUGGUUGUGGUUAUAAACCAACUCCGUGAGAAGACUCUGGAAAUGCUAAGAAACUGGUGGUCUUCUCUGUCAGACUCCAUGCUGAUGAGGCACAUCAUGGUCUUCAAAAAUGCCCUGGUCUUCCUGCUAAGAAAUGGCCUCUUGGCAACCCACACCCCAGGCAUCAGAUACCUGCUGGGGGUCCUCAAGAUACUCUAUAAAGCAAACAAAGCUGGAAAGUCCUAUAAAGUCCCACUGAGCACCUUUUACAUCGAGAAAAUCAAUAGUGCCGUUGCACCGGAGGAGGACAUAACAUUUUGGUUGGCAAUGACUAGAGUUGAGGAUCACAAGGACUCAGCGAUCAUCUUUCACUACCCGUUCGCUUUCCCUCUGCUUUGCAAGGUUGCAGCUCUUAAUUUCGUCAUGAACAGAGCAAUGGGCGGGCAUUUAGCAGUUUUUCAGCAGGCUUUGGUCCAACCAAACAACUUCUCGACUGCUCCUUUGGACUCUGCUUCUUCUGUCCCGUUCUUCAUGCUGACUCUGAGACGGACUCACUUGGUGGAGGAUUCCUUCAGACAGCUUGCUGCGGCUGACCACUCUGUCUUUCACAAGCAGCUUUGGGUUCAGUUUGUGGAUGACAGGCAGGUGAUGAAUGUGAAUAAAGAGGACUUCUUUCUUUAUGCGUUUGAUGAGCUGAUGGCUCCUGAAUCUGGAAUGUUCUUGUACAACGAGAGCCAGACUCUGGCCUGGUUUCCACCCAGGCCAAAGGUAGAUGAGAAGAGGUACUUCCUGUUUGGCAUUCUUUGUGGCCUUGCUCUUUACAACCGCAACAUUGUGCACUUGCCGUUCCCACGAGCUCUCUUCAAAAAGCUGCUCCACGUCAAGCCGUCGCUCGAUGACAUGAAGGAGUUAGACCCCGUCCUGGCAGGGUCUUGGAGGUCCAUCUUGGAGGACUGCAGUCCUGAACAAGUUGAAGAACUAAUGUACCCUUACACAGUGGUCUGGGGUGGUGAGGAGGUUGAACUGGAUCCAGACACUCCUGGAAAAUUGGUUACUGGGUCAAAUAGGAAAGACUUUGUCUCUGCCUCGGUCAACUAUGUCUUCAACAAAUCCGUGGAGGGAGUGUUUGGAGCGUUCAAGAAAGGGUUUUUCAAAGUGUUUAACCUGGACGUGAUGGAGAUCUUCCAACCUGAGGAGUUACAAACAGUGAUGCAGGGUGGAGAAAACUACGACUGGGAGGUGUUCAAGCAGAACACCGUUUAUGAAGGUGACUACCACGCUGGCCAUUCAAACAUCAUUACCUUUUGGGAGGUGUUUGAGAAACUGACAGCAGAGCAGAAGAAAAAGUUCUUUCUAUUUCUGACGGGCUCCGAGCGAGUACCCAUUCAGGGAAUGCAGAGCGUCCAAAUGAGAGUGGCUGCGUUGCCUGAUGCCACUGAGAAACACUUGCCGGAAGCUCUGACCUGCCAUCGUCUGCUACUGCUGCCCAACUACAGCAACCCCCUGGUGGAGAAGACGAUGCAGACCAGGCUUCUCAAGGCUAUUCAUAACAGAGGCUUCUGGAAACAACUAGACCCACAGACUGAAACAGCAUCUGCUUCUUAAAAUCAGUCCAGCUGAGUUUUACUUAGUUUGAGGUUUUGAUUUUUGUACUAGAUAUAGACACUUCCUUUUAAAUCUUGGGUUGACAGUUCUAACUUAAACAUGUAGAGGAAUGUAGGUAAUGUUUUGUAGUUCAUUACAAAUGAAACUGUAUUAUUUAUGCAAUGCCUGCAUGUUCAAUGUUUAUAUCUUGUUUCACAAUAAUUGUACAAUUUGCCAUCGUCAC